UAACAAACUCUAACAAAGUUCAUAAAAAGUUAAGGCCCCUGUGUGUCUGCGUAAAAAAGUGCUGUCGUGUGUGUGCGAGUGUGUGAGUGUGUUUGUGUGUGUGUGUGUGUGAGUGGGUAUUUAACUCUUGUUGUUGCUACUGCAAUUGAUUAAACAACAGCGAUUGCCUGGUUCUGGUCCUGGUUACCUAGGCCAACUGAAAGCACAGAGACCGAGCAACAGAGUCUCAGCCAAUACAUAAUGGGCUGCAACACCAGUCAGGAACUGAAGACAAAGGACGGCGCCGCCAUCGAUGCCGUCAGCAAUGGGGACCCGGAGCCGAGUGCACCACAAAUGGAGCUGUCGGAAGGUGGCUCCUGUUCAGCGAAAUCCUCAAACAAUCAUACAAAUCACGCAAAAUCAAAUUCAAUUAUCUCAAAUGGCGAUGCCAAGUCGGCAGCGAACUCCAAAGGAGGCAGCGCAGCAACAAAUGGCGUCGACCGUUCCUGCGAUAAGGCGGAUAUCACAGAACUCAACGAUGAUGUCGAGGAGGAAGCAAAAGCCGCAACAAAAAUUCAAGCCGUAUUUCGAGGCCACAAAGUGAGAGAAACCAUGAAAAAAUCGGAAACCAAAACUACAACCAACAAUGGCAGCGCCAUCUCCGCCGCCGCCAAUGCCGCCGCCGAGGCAGCCUCCUCCUCUGCGGAGCCCACCAAAGCAGAGCUCGAGGCUGAAUUCGAUCCGAACGACAAAGAGUUGUGCCAUGCUGCGCUGAAGAUUCAAUCCACUUUCCGGGGCCAUUUGGCUCGCAAGCUGGUCAACAAGGAAGUGCCCGAAGAUGAAGACAUCCAGGAGAUAACCAAGAAGGUGGCCGAGGAGCUGGACAUCGAUCUGACCGAUCCGGAGCUAAACAAGGCUGCCACCAAAAUCCAAGCCUCCUUCCGUGGCCAUAAGAUACGCAAGGAAACCAAUCCCGAAUAAGCUGAGCAAUGCGCAGGCUUUUGAAUUUGUUGGUGUCGGCUGUCAGCAGAGCAGUCAACAAAAAUAAAAAAUGUAUUAAAUAAACAAACAAAAAAUUGGUAAAAUGUAACUGUGUAGAGCUUACGAAAAAGCCUGCACUCUUGUAAACUUUUUAGUAAAUAUGUUAAUUAAAUGAAAAUGAUAUUUAUGUAACCAUAUUAUUAAUUCAUUAUUUUAUAAGCAAUAUUUCAAUUGUCUAAAAGGAAAUUAUUAUGCCGGACCCUUAAGUUGUGCUACGUUCGCGUACUUUUAAAAUAAAUUCGGGAUCCGUUAAAGAGUAAAUCAAUUUCUUAAUAUGCAGUCAGCUUUGGCGCUACCGUUGGAUUUGCUAGAUGGAAUGAUUUGCAAGUUAUAUAUAUAUAAUUCCACUCAGAAGUCGACCCGAGCCAAUUAUUAGCUAAAAUCUGUAGUCUUAAAUGCAUCCUACUCUGUUUCAUAAUUUUUAAUCAAUAUUAAAUAAUAAUAAAAAAAAAAACAAAUUCUUUUGCUUCUUUGCCCUUAUUUGCAUAAAAUAAGAUUCAAUUCAUUUACAGUUGCAGAUAUUGUAUUUUAUUUUAAAUUUAAUAAAGUAAAUCAUAACUUAAUAACACAAAAAACCCAAAACUAAAGGCGAAUCAGUGUUAAAAAUCAAUUUGCAAAGCAUGUUAAAAUGGCACGAUGUUCCAAAUUUAUUGUAGGGCAAAACAAUGAAGACAAACCCAAGGAAAAUGCUGAAACAUUUUUUGAAACUUAGUCGGUUUGUCUGGCCAAAGCCAAAACCAAAUGCAGUGUAUUGUUGUACCUACACAAGGAAACAUAAAAAAAUAUAUUAAAAAAAAUAAUAAAAAUAAAGAACAUAAUUUGUAACUGACUCAAUGUUUAUAAAUUGAAUAAGCCCGCAAGGCACAUUAGGGGUACUCAAGCGACAACAGCUACUAAACGUCAACAAAUUUUUCAGCGAGCUACUUAAACUGAUAAACAAGAACUCUUAACUAAUCUGGUGGCACAAUUUUUUGUUUUUCUACCAAGUGUACUACAAGUUUGUCAACUUGAAAAUAUAUUAUCAAAAAAAUAUUUAUAUACAUACGUACGAGUAUUAUAGAAAAUUGAAA